UCGGCGUAGGGGUUGGCGCCGGUUCGGGUCCGGCCGUCGCGGGCUUACGCCGAGUGCGCCCUGCCCGCCCUCUCCGCGGCGUCCCGGCCCCCGUGCGCCGCCGCGGCCCAUGGGGAGAGUCGGCCGGGCAGGCCGGCAUUAAACUGGAAAGAUGUCCCUGUAUGAUGACCUGGGAGUAGAGACCAGUGAUUCAAAAACAGAAGGCUGGUCCAAAAACUUCAAACUUCUGCAGUCCCAGCUUCAGGUGAAGAAGGCGGCCCUCACACAAGCCAAGAGCCAGAGAACGAAACAGAGUACUGUCCUCGCCCCGGUGAUUGACCUAAAGCGUGGUGGCUCUUCAGACGACCGGCAGAUCGUGGACACCCCCCCGCACGUGGCGGCUGGCCUGAAGGAUCCUGUUCCCAGUGGAUUUUCUGCAGGAGAAGUUUUGAUUCCUUUAGCUGAUGAAUAUGAUCCUAUGUUUCCUAAUGAUUACGAGAAAGUGGUAAAGCGCCAAAGAGAAGAACGGCAGAGACAGCGGGAGCUGGAAAGACAAAAAGAAAUAGAAGAGAGAGAAAAGAGGCGUAAGGACAGACAUGAAGCUAGUGGGUUUUCGAGGCGACCAGAUCCAGAUUCUGAUGAAGACGAAGAUUAUGAGCGAGAGAGGAGGAAAAGAAGUAUGGGCGGAGCGGCCAUUGCACCACCCACUUCCCUUGUAGAGAAGGACAAAGAGUUACCCCGAGAUUUCCCUUACGAAGAGGACUCAAGACCUCGCUCCCAGUCUUCCAAAGCUGCUAUCCCUCCCCCGGUAUACGAGGAACAAGACAGACCCAGAUCUCCGACCGGACCUGGCAAUUCCUUCCUUGCCAACAUGGGUGGCACGGUAGCACAUAAAAUCAUGCAGAAGUACGGCUUCCGGGAAGGCCAGGGUCUCGGCAAGCACGAGCAAGGGCUGAGCACCGCACUGUCGGUGGAGAAGACCAGCAAGCGAGGAGGCAAGAUCAUUGUCGGCGACGCCACAGAGAAAGAUGCAUCCAAGAAGUCGGAUUCCAAUCCAUUAACUGAAAUACUUAAGUGUCCUACCAAAGUGGUCCUCCUACGGAACAUGGUUGGUGCGGGAGAGGUAGAUGAAGACUUGGAAGCUGAAACCAAGGAAGAGUGUGAAAAAUAUGGCAAAGUUGGGAAAUGUGUGAUAUUUGAAAUUCCUGGUGCCCCUGAUGAUGAAGCAGUACGAAUAUUUUUAGAAUUUGAGAGGGUUGAAUCAGCAAUUAAAGCUGUUGUUGAUCUGAAUGGGAGGUAUUUUGGUGGACGGGUGGUAAAAGCAUGUUUCUACAAUUUGGAUAAGUUCAGGGUCUUGGAUUUGGCGGAACAAGUUUGAUUUUAAGAACUACAGCACGAGUUAUCUUCGAUGGCCCUUACCUGAGCUGCCGGCUGAGCGGAGAAGAAACAGGCGACAGCCAGCCUGUGUGGCUGCUGGGUACAGAGACUCUUGGAAGGACUUCUGAGAUAUAUGUUGAUUGAUCCCUUUUUUAUUUUGUGGUUUUUUAAAUAUAGUAUAAAAAUCCUUUAAAAAAAAACACAAUCUGUGUGCCUCUCUGGUGGUUUCUCUUUUUACCACUUCUAAGGUGAUUACGUUUUUUUGCUAGGAUUUCAUGAUAAUUCUCAAGUGCUUCAGUGAGACAGCAUUUCUUGCACUAAAAAUAUCUAGAACGUUUUGGGAUAUGGGGUUGUAUUGUUAUCCUUUUCUUUCUUUUUUGAUUCAUUUUAAUAAAACCUGCAAGUUCCUAAACUGUAGCUUCAUAAAUUCUAUAAUAAAGUGUCAUCUUGGCAGUCUGCCAAAGGUGGAAA